AUGUUACAAUUGGUAGCGAACCUGUCCCCUCUCCCCCAGCUCCUAGCCCCUCCUGCCCCCAGCUCCUGGCCCCUCACCCUCCCCACUCCUAGCCCUCACCCUCGCUCCUGCCCUUCCUCCUGCUCCUUUUCUCUCCCUUCCCUUCUGCACUCUGCCCUCCCUCCCUCACCCCCACCUAGCCUCACCCCAUCUAACCCCACCCACCCCUCCACUCCCCCCACCCCCAACUCGACCCCUCACCCCCACUCCUCCCCCCAACUCCUGGCCCUCACCCCCCAGCUCCUGGCCCCUCACUCCCCCAGCUCCUACCCUCACCCCCACACCUGGCCUCACUCUAGCCUCCUCCCCCCCUGGCUCAAGCCCUCCUUUCAACUCCUAGCCCUCACCCUAGUCUCCUCGCCCUCCCACUCCAACUCCUGGCCCCUCUCCCCCGCCCCUAGCCCUCCUUUCCAGCUCCUGACCCUCACCCCCAGCUCCUAUCCCUGCCCCCCAGCUCCUGAUCCCUCCACCCCCACUCCCUGCCCUCACGCUCCUGAAGCCUCUUUCACAUCUGCCCUCUGUCUGCCCUCCCUCCUGGCCCCUCCUUUGCUCUACCCUCACCCCCCAACUCUCACCCCUCACCCCCUGGCCCUCACCCUAACUCCUAACCCUCACCCCCAACUCCUAGCCCCUCCCCGCUCCUGCCUCCCCCCUAGCUCCUGCCCCCCUCCCCCUCCUCCUCACUCUCAGCCCCCUCCCCCCGCUCCUGCCCUCACCCUGCCCCUCACCCCCAGCUCCUACCCUCACCCUAUCCUGGCCCCUCACCUUGCCUGCUCCUGCCUCUUCUCCUGCCUCAUCCCUCGCUCUGCCUUCUCCUUUGGCUCUGCUUCCCAGCUCCUGGCCUCGCCCCCCUCCCUCUCUUCUGGCCCUCCUCCCUCUCCUCUCACCUCUGGCCCCUCACCCCCCAGCUCCUAG